GAAGCACUAGCCGUCUCUAGCUCCACCAACCGGUCCCACCAUCUCCACGCCGCGGUUGUCCAGCAGCAUUGAUAAGGGCUGCGCAACCGUCGAUAUAUUGGGGGCUGUUUGGCUCUGCUUUCCUUUUGGUGACUGCUGAUUGCUGCUUGUCGUACGAUUAUACAGAUCUUGUCACACGCAAGACAGUGCUCAUAAGAUCGAUUCCACGUACCUGGUAUCUGGAUCUCCACAACAUAUUAUAGCAGCUGUAUCUCAAGUCUCGUCCUCACAUCAUCAAACAUGGCCGCAUCAGCAAGUGUGUCAAGAACGAUCUACAUCGGACCAUUCGUGCACAGCAAGUCUCUCACCGAGCUUGAGAUCUGCGAGAAUGGAGCGAUCGGUGUUGAUGAGAACGGCGUCAUUGCCUUUGUAGAGAAAGAGCUAGAUUUGGAGGCCGUUCAGUCAAAGCACUCCUGGCAAGAUGCCGCGUCUGUUCGUCUGAGCGGGAACUCGUUCUUCUUCCCUGGCUUCAUCGACACCCACACGCACGCCCCUCAGCACCCCAACACAGGUCUUUUUGGGAAAACGACGCUCCUGGACUGGCUGCAGACUUACACAUUCCCCAUGGAGUCUUCAUUCUCGGAUCUCAAGCGCGCGGAGGUCAUAUACCGCAACUUCGUCUCCCGGACGCUUUCCCACGGCACAACAACAGCCGCAUACUACGCCACAAUCCAUGUCCCCGCCACCAACCUCCUCGCUGACAUCUGUCUCGCGAGAGGGCAGAGAGCGCUGGUCGGCCGGGUCUGCAUGAACUCGGACCUAUCUCCCGAGUACUACCGCGACACCUCUGUCGCGCAAAGCGUUGCCGACUCCAAAGCCAGCAUCGACUACAUCCGCUCCAUCGACCCCGCCGGCGCCAUCGUGCGUCCCAUCGUCACCCCCCGCUUCGCCCCCUCCUGCACCACCGACUGCCUGACGUCCAUCGCCGAGCUCGCCCACGCCGAAGACACAUUCAUUCAAACCCACAUCUCGGAAAACAAGGGCGAAAUCGCGCUCGUCCAGCAGCUCUUCCCGGACAGCAAGAGCUACACCGACGUGUACGACACCCACAACCUCCUCACCCCGAAGACCAUCCUCGCGCACGCCGUGCACCUCGACGCGACCGAGCGCGCCACCAUCCGCGCCCGCGGCGCCGCAAUCGCCCACUGCCCCUGCAGCAACACCGCCAUCACCUCGGGCUGCGCGCCUGUCCGCGAGCUGCUCGACGAGGGCCACGUCGUCGGCCUCGGCACCGACGUCUCCGGCGGCUUCCACCCCAGCAUCCUCGAGAACGUGCGCCACGCGGUGUGGACGUCGCGGCAUCUCGCGCUGCAGAGCGCGCGCGGCGACGCCGUCAAGCUGAGUACCGAGGAGGCGUUGUAUCUGGCGACGCGCGGCGGCGCGGCGGUCGUCGGGCUGCAGGACCGCGUCGGCGGGUUCGACGUCGGGAUGGAGUUUGAUGCGCAGAUUGUGGAUUUGGGGGCUGUGCAGGACGGGGGGUGUCCGGAUGGGCGGUUCGAUGCAGGCCCGGUUGAUGUGUUUGGCUGGGAGAGCUGGGGGGAGCGCGUCGAGAAGUGGGUGUAUGCGGGCGAUGAUCGGAACACGACGGCGGUCUGGGUGAGGGGGCGGCUGGUGCAUUCGACGGGGAGGUAUAGGGAGAUGGGGAGUGAGGUCGCAACGCCGUAGUUGUUUUGUGAAGAGGUAUCCAUUUUCUCGAGUCACUUUCCACUCUGUUUGCAUUGCUGUACUUGAUAUAGAAAUUCAUAGACGUAGUCCCGAAAGCGAUGAACACAUUUUCAACGCACAGCAGAAUGAACGUGAUGAUGGCAAUCCC